CGUAACAAGACAUAUCGGAUUGUAGCCACACCGCCAGACUCACUUAACUAGCACCAGUCGAUAUGUCUACGUUGCAUGUAUAUAGUUGCACAUUGGUUCUACUGUUUUCGGUUUUGGCACGGGCCGACUACCCCGUGACGGCGUCUUGGUUUGCCAAAAGAAACAGCUUGUCGGAAUGGAAUACUGCUCUAGACCAGUUCAAAGCUAUAGGUGGCGACACGGUGCUGCAGGUUGGAGCAUCGUAUAAUAACAGAACCAAAACGAGCAUUUCACAGGACGAGGCAUUCGCUAACUGCAAGGUGAAUGGCGUCCUAUGUACAGACUACACGGAACAGGAGUUAAACAAGAAAGGGUUAAAGAUCGUUUCAUGGGUGACGUAUGAAAACAAUGAGAUAUACGGCCCAAAGAUGCUCGCUUGUCCCCUGGAUAGAAAUAUUGUGGUCAAGUCGCCCGGAGUCACUUAUUAUAGAAUUGUGCUUCACACCACUGCAGUGGGAGACAGUGAAGCCUGCGUAUUCGAGCCGGGCACCAACGUAUCUGUCGUGUUCACCUCCUCAGCGUCCUCGGAUCCCCAAAACCUCCUCCUCCAAAGUGCUUCCUCGAAAGCCAUGAGCGUUUACUUCGGUCUCCCUCGACUUCCUCCGGAUCUGAAGAGCAACCCCGCGGGUUACCAGGUGGUGUUGUCAUAUUUAACGUGGGUGUAUCGUGUUCUGGCCGAUCACAGUGACAGAUAUGGUCCUCACUACCAGAAAACAUUGACGGGAUACAGCGGCGGUUAUAUCAACGUCCUGACUGACUUAACCAAAGGGUUAAAGGGUAGUGCAACCGGUCAAAGUGGCUUAACCAUCGACGACAUCGCCGAAAUCUACAAGCAAGUAGCAAUAAUGGUGCGCAACAGCGGAAAGAAAUUCUUGACAGCUCCAUCUAUCGACCUAACCAAGGCACGUGGCGAUGCCCUCGAGGAUUACGCCGAUGGAGUCACAGGAUUGGCCAACGUUGGCAUUGACGUCAUAGCUCUCCAAGAGGGGCGUGGUCUAGGGAGGUCGUCGUACCAUGAGGUAAAUGAGACAACUGUGCAGAUUAAGGAUGGUGAUCAGAUGCUGUUCCAGAUUCUCAAGAAACACAAUCCACUUUUACCAGACACAGUUACAUUUGGGGAUAUCUACACAAAUAAUACCCAAUCGCUCUUUAAGUUUCUUGCAUCAGCCCGGGCAAAUAAUCAAAUCCAGACGGAGUUGUGGCUGGUCAUACAAGCUUUUGACGACCUCGGAGGGGAUUGUACGGUGGACGUGGACUUCACCGGCUCAGGUAUCCCUGCUAAAGUUUCACCAGUGGACAAGUCUCGCGUGGACUGGGCCAUCGCAGCAGGCGGGGUCAGUGUCCAGAAAAUAGCCGCCAUAGCCUGGGAUUCUCUCUUCACCUGUACUAACCAGGGAAGCAGUCUGGCACAGCAAAUAUCAGACGACAAUGAAAGGCCCAUUCUCUCGUACUGCAAUUUCCACUCCAACUGGAACCAGUCCGUGGUAGUGAUUGGAUUCAACCUGUUAGCUGAAACCCAAGGUUUUCAGCUGUAUUACCUCGACUACAAUGACAACCCCCAGCAGAGCAUGAUCCAUGGGUACUACUACGAGACGGAUUAUGGUGUACAGCACCACCUGGUGCCUUCCCUGCAGUACAUCAUGUUGUGGGACUUCCUGCCCCUGAACCAAAUGAAGCGCCAUGGGUUCCUGUACGUGAUACCCCUAGGCGCCAACCACGGCUGUGUGUUUGAAUACACCAUUUACUACAGGCGGAUUUUUAAACUGCGGGGGUAUUCGCGCCAUGAUUAAGUUAAACUUGUGAUGGCUUUCAAUAAGGGGGCAUUCACAUCAGGAAAAGUUAAACCUGAGCUGGGUUAAAAUAUCAGAAAUAUUGCACCAUGAGAAACAGAUACCAUUUACUUAUUAUGAUAAAGCGAGGGAUAUAGCAGGAUUCUAAGCAUUUAAGGUAAACACAAUUCUCUGAUUUUCCCUGAUAUUUCUCUGAUGGCAGUUAAAAACUCUAAGAUCAUAAUUUUGACCUAUUUAAACAUAUUCAAUAAACAGGUAUUACAAGUCCUAAGGCAUAAACAUACUGUGCAUGUUGAAAGCAUUAUUAAAUAACCAUACCACUCCCAUCCAUCUGUCAUAGUAAAAGUCAGUGAGAGGAUGAAGGGUGUUUAACACUGGUUAAAAUGUUUUAAUGCCAGUUAGUUAACUGGUGUUCUGAGAAUUUAUUCACCAGUUAGACUUAUAGACUGGUCAGUGUUAAACACCCUGUUAAAAUCUGGGCCCAGAUACUUCCUGGAAAUUUGAUCACAGAUCUUGCUUUAACAAUUCCCGAAUUGACUCUUACAUCAUUUCAUUGUUUCACGGAAAUCUAAUAAUAAUAAUAAUAAUAAUAAUAA